AUGGCUUCAAAGAUUAUCGUCGUUGGUAGCCCCAACUGCCAGCUAAAGGCAGUGUUUACCAGACUGGCAAAGUUGCAUACGAAACAGAACUUCGCUUUUGCAAUCAUUGUUGGCAACCUCUUUGGUGACUGCUCCACAGAAGCCGAGCUUGAUGAGAUCUCAGCCCUCCUUCAGGGCAACAUCCAUGUUCCUGUAACAACUUACUUCACAGUGGGUAGCCGACCGCUCCCUACUCGAAUUGUGGAGAAGAUCGAAGCCGAUGAUGAAGUCUGCCCGAACCUGUACUUCCUCGGGAAGCGAGGCAUCCUCAAAACUGCUGAGGGCAUUCGCAUUGCAGCCCUCGGAGGUCAAUUAGAUCAGUCAGGAUCAAAUUCCAAGCCCGAAACCAACGCCAGUGGAAAAUUCCAAUCAACAUACAGCGAGUCUGACGCUCGUGCUCUCUACGGCAUGCACAACGCAGACAUCUUGAUCACGAAUCAAUGGCCCAAGGAUAUCCGCUUUGGCUCCAAAGUCGCAGUACCAGAGGACUACAAUUCGAUCUCAUCCGAGGUCCAGAUAAUCUCAGACGUAUGCGCCACGCUCAGACCUCGAUAUCACUUCUCCACAUCCGACUCGUUCUUCUACGAGCGAGAGCCUUUCUUCCACAUGCCGACGGAAGACAGUCCCGAUACUAAGCCAAUGACGCGCUUCAUCUCCUUGGCCUCAUUUGACUCCAAGCAGAAAGCCCUCUACGCAUUCUCGCUCGAUCUCACUGCCACGGCCCCUCUCACUAUCCCGGCUGGCGUAACCGCCUCUCCCCUCUCAGCACCCCAAGCAAAGCGCAAGAAUCUCCCCAGUCAAAAUCAAUCAUUCCAACGCUUCGCCAGCCACGACCCCUCUCGCGAGUAUAACCAGCACCGCGGAAAGCGGCAGCAGCGAGAGCCACCUCCAGGACCGGACAGGUGUUUCUUCUGUCUUUCCAACCCCAACAUCGCAACCCACCUCAUCGCCUCCAUCGGCGACCAAAGCUACCUCACAACCGCCAAGGGACCUCUCCCUCCAGUCAAUUUCUUCCCGUCUCUCGGCUUCCCGGGCCACAUCCUCAUCAUCCCCUUCGAGCACACUCCAACCCUAGGCUUGAUUUCAGACCCGGCCACUCGCUCAAGCACAUACAUCGAGAUGGUCCGCUUCAACACCGCCCUGCGCCACAUGGUCAGCGACCGCUCAUCCGGGCAACUCGGCGCUGUGACCUGGGAAGUAAGCCGCGCCGGCGGCAUCCACACACACUGGCAAUUCCUCCCCGUGCCAACGGACCUCAUCAAGGAGAAACUAGUCGAGCUUGCUUUCAAGGUAGAAGCCGAGAAUCUCAAGUACCCGCGGUUCUCAAAUCUCGCACUCGCGCAGUCAGACGGUGCCGCCGACGGUGAACCCGAGGACGGAGGCGCACUGAGCGAGCGGGGCGACUACUUCCGCGUAUCGAUCUGGAGUCCCGGAGAAGAAGAGAACAGCAACGAAGAGGGAAACGAAAAGGAGAAGGAGAAGGAUGCGGAGUCCAGCGGCGAUGCCGAAGCGGAAGCCGAUGCUAGCAAGACCCAGCCCCGCGGGUCAGAACAGAUCAUGACGCUAAAGCUGAAUCCGAAUUUCCAGUUCGACCUGCAAUUCGGCCGUCGCGUUAUGGCGAAGUUGUUACAGCUCGAUAAGCGGAUGAAUUGGAAGGAUGCGACGCAGUCGCAGGCUGAGGAGGAAGCUGAUGCGAAUGCUUUCAAGGAGACGUUUAAGAAGUAUGAUUUCUCGCUCGAGUAG